AUGGGGCAUACUCUUGAAUUCAUUGCGUCACUUAAGACCAAAGCGAUACUUCUAGUUGGGGACUUCAACGCAAGAACAGGUAACCUUAACGCAGAUGAAGCGGUUCAACCCUGCAAUGAGGAAUUCACAACAGGUCAAAUCGAGUCCUACCCUUCUUACCACAAACAACGAGCAAGCAGGGACCCCGUCAUCAAUGACCGGGGUAAAAAAUUUCUAGACUUAAUUCAGAGCUGUAAUAUGUCUAUCCUAAAUGGAUCCACUCUAGGUGACAUAUUUGGCGAAUCGACGUCACACCAAUACAAUGGAACUAGUAUUGUGGACUAUAUGGCAUUAUCAAACGACACACGACAUGUCAUCAAACAUUUCAAAGUCCUUGAGCUCUCCGACCUAUCAGACCAUCGGCCGCUGCUGUGCUCUUUGAAAUCAACUCAGAAAAUAAUAGACUCAGAAUCAGCUCUCAACCUUUACGAUGAUGUACAAGAAAAGGUGCAGUGGAAUGGUGAGCAAUCAGCAGAAGAAUACAAAGCAAGGCUCCUUAAGCUAAGUACGCUUAAAACUAUCUCUGACCUUGUUGACGAAGUAUGUCACUCUGAAGAAGACGUCCACAGACUUAACCUUAGAUUAACCAGACUCCUUGUGGACAUCAACAAAGAUGUAGAGGGUCCCCGAAAAAAUCAUAUCACCAAGAAACGCAAGCCAAGAAUUCAGGCCAAAAAUCGCUGGUUCGAUGCAAAAUGCAUUAUACUAAAACGAGAAGUCAACAAGCUUGCCAGAAAAUAUGGAAAACAGCCUAGAAACGAUGUUAUACGCAUUGAGUACUACGCUAAGAAAAAGGAAUACAAGCGUCUCAUCAAGCAUAAAAAAUACCUGUUCUACAAAGAAAUAAAUGAAGACAUCUUGCAAGACGGGCAUAUCUCAUGGAAGGACUUCAAUAAACUUAAAGAUGCCAAUAAAGAAAAGUCCGUACUUGACCUCUUCGAUAUAGAGAACUUUUAUAAAUUCUUUAAAGAUCUGUACAAGACCAAAACAGUACCUAAAGAAUUGGUGAAACUGAAUGAUGAAAGUGAAAUCAUCAUCGACACUGAAAUCCUUAACAGAGAUAUCGACCAGGAAGAAAUGAAGAAAGGCAUCAAAUGCUUACAAAAUGGAAAGGCAGCGGGUAUCGACUUAAUUCUUAAUGAGUUCCUCAAAACAUCGACGGACGAAGUUGUGAAACUCAUUCAAAAACUCUUUAAUGAAUGUCUUAAGUUUGGUGUAUACCCUUGGAACACCACUAUCGUUACCCCUCUCCACAAAAAAGCUGUUUUGUAG